AACCUAAAAUCCAAAUCAAAAUCGGAAACCUUUUUACCCUUUCCUUUUCUUCUAGAAAAACUUGAUCAACUUCUCCUCCUUCUUCAUCGUCUCCUUAUCCAAGUCUUGCUCAUCUGCAAGUAAACCGCAGCACUAUACACUUAUGAGUUUAGGGCAAUUCUCUUCAUCUGCAUAAACAUAAGGUGUCAUAUAAAGAAGCCGCAGUGACAUGAACGGACGUAAAUACCCUCAAAGCCCCUUUUGAGUUCUUUACAAGCAAUCCAUUGAAGCAGUCGCUGUUGCCCCAACUCUCUCUCUCCUUUCAACACGAUCACACUUCGCCACAACGAAGUUUUGGAGGUUCAUCUCUCUUUUUACUAUCUGGUUACGAUAAUUUUGAAUCCCUUUAUGCUGAAGUUGUUGUAUUAGCUUAGAAUUCCUCCUUGGAGUGAAGUUGCUUUUAGGUUUAUUUGGGGAUUUUUGUUUUAUAAGAAAUCAAUGGCUUCUUAUCACGGUAACUCUCAUUCGGAACGUGCCAAAAUGGAACAGAUAAUCACAGAGUUUUUUGCGAAAAGCCUUCACAUAAUACUCGAGUCGCGUUGCCCUUACGUCUCUUCGCGUAAUUACAGCGGGGAGCAGGUUUUGUCCUCGCCGUCUCCGUCUUCUUCUUCGUCGUCGUCUUCGAGUGUUAGGCCUCGGGAUAAGUGGUUUAAUCUAGCGCUGAGGGAUUGCCCUGCUGCCUUAGAGAACAUAGAUUUUUGGCGGCAGAGUAAUCUUGAGCCCAUGAUAGUUGAUGUUAUACUUAUGCAGAGGCCCAUUGAUUGGGAUCCUUUGAAUUUCUCCCCUAAAACAGGCUUUGGGUGGAAUUCAUCGGGGAAGGAGCGGCACUACUAUGGCUCGGAUAAUGAGGAAUUUGGGUGUGAAGGGAAAAAUGAGAGGAUUAUUGAGAGAUGGGUUCUGCAAUAUGAGAGUAAGAAGAAUGGUGGUGGCUCUUCUGGGAGUAAGAAGAGGUCGAAUUGUACGAGCUCUCAUGCUUUGUACAAGAAGUCGAUACUGUUGUUGAGGUCACUGUAUGCGACAGUUAGGCUUUUGCCUGCUUAUAAGUUGUUCCGUGAUCUCACUUCAUCUGCUCAAAUUCGGCUGUAUAAUCUUGGCCAUCGAGUCUCAUCUUUUGUUGAGCCGUUCACCCGUAGAGAAGAGGCAGAUAUGCAGCGAUUUGUGUUUACUCCGGUUGACACUUCCUGUGGCAGGCUCUGCCUUUCGGUCCUGUAUCGAUCAUCAGUAGUGGAUAUGAGUUCGGAUCCUUCAACUCCUAUAUCACCGCAGUUCAUUCCAGAGUAUGUUGGGAGUCCCAUGGCAGAACCACUGAAAAGGUUUCCUUCUGGUUUCGUAUCUCAAGGCUCCCCUUCUUCGUCUCCAUUUGGAAGGCGGCAUAGUUGGAGUUAUGACUUGUAUAGAGCAUCACCACCUUCAGCUAACCCCUCACCUUCACCUUCGCCCACAUACUCCGAUUCUCAUGCCUCAUUAGCAAAACAGCGCUGUCGUCGUCUUCCUCCUCCAGGCUUGCCUCAGUAUUUACCUGAUGAGACACUUAUUGCUCAUAUGAAAAAUCCAAGUUAUGACGAGUAUUGGCCUUCCCCUGUGUUUUCACCAUCUCCAUCUCCAUCACCACCCACCUAUGUUCCCAAUAGUCAUAUAUCCAAAGCUCUUUUACGAUGUGAAAGUGCUCCUGUUAGUAUACCUGUGACUAGACUUUCUAGCAUGCCUUCACUGUCAAACAAACAACUGCUGCCCCCUUCACCUCCCAUGAAUGCUACUAUACUAACCACUGCUGAGAAAAUUGCACAUGCGGGGCCUCACCAGACAACCUCAACAGCUGAUAAGUUAUUCUCAUUGCGCAAGGAUAAGCCGCAGAAGAUAUCUGGGGUGAGACCAUCAUUGAAUAGCCACCCAUCAAAAUCAUUUUCUAGUAGGUUACCAUUUCAGGAUGAUUACAAUGAUGGACCAUUUGUUGUGGAUGACGACGAAUUACUAGAUCCAAGUUCCAGGUCAGGUUUGUUUGAGCUGCCAGGACAUCCAUCCCGGUCAAAUAGAUCACAAGAUGCUGCUGUCGGUGCUCUUGUUCGUAUGCUGAAGAAAGCACCACCUCUUCACCAGGAUACUUCUGGUACCACACUAGAUCUGCAAGGCCCCAAGCUUCAAGGCGCUACUGAAAUAUCCGAAGAGCCAAGAGCCCAGCAGUCUUCUGCUUCGAAUCUUGUGUCGUCGUCUAGGCUUGCGCUCGUCGCAUCCAAGACUACAGCGAAUGCUCUGGAGGAGCUCCAUGGCUACAGAAAAAUGAAAGAUUCAUUGCUUAAAUCAAAGUAAGUUCUGAGGUCUAGCAAUUGUCGUCUUUGCUAAGCGGUUCAUGCAAGUAUAGAUGAAGGCCAUCCCUAUAUAGUAAAGAUCUGUACAGAGUGUUUGCCAUGGUGGUUGUUUUUUUUUUUUUUUUUUUUUCUCAAGAUCUUGGUGAAAUUGAUCAUUUUCUGUCUGUACAUAUUUUGAGUGAAUGCUGUAUGAUUGACAGUGAGGCCAGAUUUGGUGUCUGAUCUAACUACAAGACUUGGGUAUAGAACUUCUUGUAAAGGUUGCCUAAGUUAUUGCAUUAUCUCUUGUACUC